AUGCCGUCGCAGGUCGAGGCUAACCACGCUCUGCUGGUAGAGAACGAGGACGAGUGGGAAUUCGAGUACUCAGCUACCGAGAAAGAGACCUACUACAUUACCCUCGAUCUCUCUGUCCGCGACUUUCUCGAGCGCCGAACCGACGACAUUAUCCAUAACACGCGCGGGGGCUACCGAGUUUGGUACAACCCACUGUUCAAUGCCGCCGAGCCCCAAGCCUCGAAUGCGGCCUUCAUUGAUGACAAGGAUGUCGAUGAUAACGAACCACCCGAGCGGGAAGAAGCUGACAAGCGCGACAAUUCCGGGCUGCAGCCUCCGCGAGCGCCGACAGAGCCGCCAGUCGAUCCCCGGUUGCAACUCGACAAUGGACAAGAUAGAGACUACAUCGAGUUGCCGACCAACACCAAUGUGCCGGCCGAAGAGAUCCAGAUACUCAACCUACACUCGGAAAGGCCCUUGGUAUCAUACCGCAACCACGUGUUUCGCGGUUCAUGGUGCGCAAACAUUGGCACCGAGAUGAUAUUCACCCCCCACGACGAACAAGUCCCUCUGCCCGCCCUGAGGAACUUGAACCAAAACAUCGAUUUGAUCGCGGCCAGCGCGUGCAGAAUCAACUUUACAGAGACCACUCUUCGCAACAAGAACCCUGCGAAUGGCCAUGGAGAGCAGGACGAUGCUAUGGGGGUUGACUCUCAAGAGGAAGACUUGCCAGCUCGGUACAAGCGCAACGGUGGCAUCUACGUUCAUGUCGGCGGCGACAAGAGCGGGCAGCGGCAGCCGCAGCGCACUUUCUCGAGGAUCUCAUCUCCCUCAAGCGCAAACGAAAUGAGAAGGAGGAAACUGCAUCGUGACCAGCAGAGGAACAUGAGCCUUCGAGAAAAGAGGAGGGACAAUAUACAGGCUGGGCUGGGGGUGGAGCAGAGGCCAUAUGGACCUGUCAGAGGAUCGGGAGGGCGCAGGAGGCCUAGGACAAGGGCGAGGAGGACAACGUUGGUUCGGAGGGAUACGUCGGCGCUGUCGAGAGUAGGGACACAGCACAGGAUCGAGUCAGGGAGUGUGUUGCAGAACCAGCCGACACCUCGGAGAUGGGACGAGCUCGAGUGA